CAGCCCAGCCUUGGCCCCUUUCUCUGCAACAAGGGGUGUAUUCAUGGGUCCUGAGCAGAGUUUAUUGUCUUUCUGACUCGUGUCUGUGAGGACAAGAGCAGUUCCCUGCCUAGCAGACCCUGAAGACUUACAUCAGUGACAGUGACCCACAUGUUCUGUGCUAGAGCCUGGGAUAUAUAGUCUAGUGAGCAGGUGAGCAGGUGCGGCAAGCUCCCUGGAGAAGUGACCUCCAUCUGAGAUGUGAAGGAACCUGAAGCCAGAUGACCAAGUUUCUACGGAGGCUCAGUAUGCAGAGGAGGCCUCAGGACCUGAGAUCUUCAGAGCACAGACAGGAGACCAGCUGCAACGUGCCUCUCAGGCAGGGUGCUGGUGCUUCCUGUGGCGUGGCUGUGCAGUGCUGGGUGCUCUGGGGAUGCUGUCCAGUGCGGGAGUUGGCUUGUGGCUCCUAGUCCUGUAUCUGUGGCCAGCAGCCUCUCAGCCUACUUCUGGGAUUUCACAGGAUGAGAUGACUUUGAGCUGCUCGGAGGCCAGCAGUGAGGAUGCUCUGUUUCCCUCACUUCCCAAAACAGUAUCUUUCAGAAUAAGCAGUGAGGACUUCUUGCUGGAAGUGCAGGUGAGGGCCUGGCCAGACUGGCUCCUGGUCUGCUAUGAGGGCUGGAACCCUGUCCUGGGGGUGCAGAUCUGCCGGAGCCUUGGGCAUCUCAGACUUGUUCAUCACAAGGGAGUGAACCUGUCUGACCUCAAACUCAGUAGCUCCCAGGUGUUUUCUCAGCUCUCACCAGGCCUCCCGGGGGAGCUGUGGCAGCACAGGGACAACUGCACUUCUGGAAAAAUUGUUUCCCUCAAAUGCUCUGAGUGUGGGGCAAGGCCUCUGGCUUCUCGGAUAGUUGGUGGGCAGGCUGUGGCUCCUGGACGCUGGCCGUGGCAGGCCAGUGUGACCCUCGGCUCCCGGCACAUGUGUGGGGGCUCGGUGCUGGCUCCCCACUGGGUAGUGACUGCUGCACACUGCAUGCACAGCAUGGUUCCUGUGUGCAGUUAUAGGCUGUCUCGCCUUUCCAGCUGGCGGGUUCACGCAGGGCUGGUCAGCCACAGUACCGUCAGGCCUCACCAGGGAGCCAUGUUGGAGAAAAUCAUCUCCCACCCCUUCUACAAUGCCCAGAGUCAUGAUUAUGACAUAGCCCUCCUGCGGCUCCAGACGCCACUCAACUUCUCAGACACCGUCAGUGCUGUGUGCUUGCCAGCAGAGGAGCAGCAUUUUCCAUGGGGCUCCCAGUGCUGGGUGUCUGGCUGGGGUCACACAGACCCCAGCUACGGCCACAGCUCAGACAUGCUGCAGGACACGGUGGUCCCACUGCUCAACACUCAGCUCUGCAACAGCUCAUGCAUAUACAGUGGGGCCCUCACCCGCCGCAUGCUGUGUGCGGGCUACCUGGACGGGAGGACUGAUGCAUGCCAGGGGGACAGUGGGGGCCCCCUGGUGUGCCCAGAUCAGGGCACGUGGCACCUGGUGGGGGUGGUCAGCUGGGGUCGUGGCUGUGCAGAGCCCAAUCACCCAGGUGUCUACGCCAAAGUAGCUGAAUUCCUGGACUGGAUCUACUACACUGUAAGGGAUUCCCUCUUCUUAAGUCCUGUGGUUUCCUCAAAUCUCACUGCACAUCAGUGCAGUUUCAUAUCUCCUGGGCUCUCUGGCAGGUUCACUAGCUGGAGAAAAAGCAGCAGCCCUACAGAUGAAGAAGGUGUGGAUAGCCUACCAUUGCUGGCAUGACCAUCACUGCCCACAGGCCAGCAGCCACUGGGCCUCUCCUCACAGACCCCAAGUUCCUCUCUCUCAUCAGAGAUAUUCCACAACAAGAGAGAGGCUGGGACUGGGUUGGAAAUGGUUGGGGAGCCAGGGGAGAGACAGAAGAGGCUUCAGGGAGCAGCCUUUCUGGGAGACUGCCUUUCUGCCCUCUCCCCUCCCCAGCCCCUUGUGGACCUUUUGGGAGGAUACUCAAUGAACCUCCAGUCCUGUCUUCUCCCUGUGUCCUCUGGUGGGUUAAGUUCUUACCUAGAGGAUACCCUAGCUUAGGGCCCUGGGCAUAUGAGGUCCAGGCUAGACAACCCAUGUUAAGCCCAUGGAAUUCAGGAUCCUCCUCACCCAACUAUUUCCUGUUCUUGAAGAGCCCUGUGUAGAGUACUAUAAAAUAAGCAAGUUGGAAUUGGAAUAUAGUGUUGAUUUGCUGUUCUGUGAACUGGUCCAGAGUUC